AUGUUGCAAGUUACUUUCUUCUCUGUCGCUUUCAUCUUUUUAGCAUGGAUGAACACGUUCUUUGAAGUUCAUGGUGAAGUUCGUCGUGUUGUUGUUGGACAUAACAUUUUCGGAGAUGAUCCGACGCCAACUUCACCACGUCGAGCAAGAGAAUUAGAAGAACAAGAUCGUGCAGAUUCUCGUAGAAAGAAAAUUGAAAAAGCACUUAAUUAUUCAAAAUAUGGAAGAAGCUAUACGCCAAGAAGAGAGCAUCUUUCAGGUGAAACGAAACGUAGAUAUGAUGUUCAUCGUCAUACUGAAUUCAGAUCUGCAGCUUCGGUAGAAUUGGCAAAUUUAGCCCUUACUCAGAAGCUCAAAGAGAAUGCAAAACCAGAAGAAAUACGUGCACAUCAACUCUUGAAACAUCAAGCCGCUCAAGUGCAUGUGACAGGCAGAGCUUUGCAAGAUUAUCAUAAUAAAGCUGCGAACAAUUUAUUGCCAGAACACUUACGUGAUGAGCAUGUACGCAAUCAACACUCACGCCAUCAGCGUUGA